UCAAACUUUCCAAGAUGGAGGGCAAAUCCAAGGCACAUUCAAAAAGAUACAAAAAGAUCGAUUUUUUGGGCGAAGGACAGUUUGCUACUGUUUUUAAAGCAGAAGACCAAGAAACUGGUCGAAUUGUAGCUGUGAAAAAGAUAAAACUUGGAAACAGAGCUGAAGCAAAAGAUGGAAUCAACAGAACUGCUUUGAGAGAAAUUAAGUUACUUCAAGAACUAAAGCAUGACAAUAUCAUUGGGCUUUUAGAUGUAUUUGGUCAUAAGUCAAACAUCAGUCUUGUUUUUGAUUUCAUGGAAACAGACUUAGAGGUUUUAAUUAAAGACACUAGUAUUGUACUUACUCCAGCAAACAUCAAGAGCUUUACUAUUAUGACAUUACAAGGUCUGGAAUACUUACAUUCGCACUGGAUAUUACAUAGAGAUAUGAAGCCUAACAAUUUGCUACUAGAUGAAAAUGGAACUCUAAAAAUAGGAGAUUUUGGUUUAGCACGAUCAUAUGGUAGUCCAACAAAGGUAUACACACAUCAGGUUGUUACAAGGUGGUACAGAGCACCAGAGUUAUUAUUCGGAGCCAGAAUAUAUGGCACAGGAGUCGAUAUGUGGGCUGAGGGGUGUAUAUUAGCUGAACUUCUCUUAAGAGUUCCAUUUCUUCAGGGGAGUACCGAUCUAGAUCAACUUAGUAAAAUAUUUGACACUCUUGGGACACCAAGCGAAGAAACAUGGCCUGGUGUGUCAUCUUUACCAGAUUAUGUCCAGUUCAAAUCCUCUCCUGGAAUUCCUCUAAAGGAUAUCUUCUUCGCUGCUGGUGAUGACUUACUGGACUUGCUGGACAGAUUACUGGACUGUAAUCCAAAUGGUAGAGUCAAUGCUACCCAGGCGCUAAAAAUGCCGUAUUUUUCGAACAAGCCGGCUCCAACACCGCCAAAAUUCUUACCAAGACCGAAAAAUUCUGCUAAAGAUAAAGAAGACGAGAAGCCUGUUAAACGAAAGUUGAGUUCAGGGGCAGAUGGAGAUAAAGUGCACGGUUUGGCGAAGAAGUUGAUGUUUUAGUUCACUGGCAUAUUACCCUGACUCAGAAAACAAUGACGACAAGUAGAAAUUGGUCAGUGAGAUAGCUCUAACAGAACAUGCCUCGCAUUUCAUGUGUAAAUACAACACUUUUGUAUUUAGCUAGAGCAGGUUUUGUAUGAAUGGGAAUGGUAUGCUACCGUGUUUGUAAUAUGUCUAUUCUAAUUCAAGCGUUGUAAUUGGAUGGUGUGAGUUUAGCGCCCUUUCAUUGGCCGAAAAUAAUAAGCCAUUAUAGUGCCACAAAACUAUACCUUAUAUGGUUCUUACUCAUUCAAGCAUCGUGAUUGGAUGGUGUGAGUUUCGCUCCCUUUCAUUGGCCGAAAAUAUAAAGCCAUUUUAGUGCCACAAAACUAUACCUUAUAUGGUUCUUACUUAUUCAAGCAUUGUGAUUGGAUGGUUUGAGUUUCUCUCCCUUUCAUUGGCCGAAAACAAAAAGCCAUUUUAGUGCCACAAAACUAUGCCUCAUAUCGUUCUUACUCAUUCAAGCGUUGUGAUUUGAGGGUGUGAGUUUCGCGCCCUUCUUUGGCCGAAAUACCGCAUGUACGUCAUUCUUACUUAUAAAAGAUCUGCUUUCACAAAUCUAAAGCAAUCAGUAUGUUAACUUUAUUGAAUUUAUAAUUGCCAAAGAAAACUGUCCUCUACAA